GAAUGUGUUGAUAAAGGAUGAUAUGCUGAAAGGCGAGGUGGUGAUGUCGCGAUUGGGAAAUGAAACCGCAAAAGCGGAGUUGGGUCGUGCGACAUGGAAAUACUUCCACACGAUAAUGGCCCGUUAUCCAGAGGACCCCACGGAGGAACAACAGGAGACAUUGCGCUCUUUCAUUUACCUGUUUUCUCGACUCUAUCCAUGCGGGGAAUGCGCAUCCCACUUCCAACAGCAUCUCAAGAAAUAUCCGCCACAGGUUUCCUCUCGCAAUGCGGCAGCAGGUUGGGGUUGUUUCAUCCACAAUGAGGUCAAUACGAUGCUCGAAAAACCGCAAUUUGACUGUACUAAAAUUGGGGACUUUUACGACUGUGGAUGCGGUGACGACGAAGAAUCAGACACCGGGGAAGGAGGGCUCCAAAGUAAGAGCCAGGCAGCGCAAAACAAAGGAGAGAACCAUGAUAGUGAUUUGAUUCCGCCCGUUGAGAUCUCCAAGGAGGCAACUACGCGGGGUUGAUUUGAAAACCCAUGGCUCCGGAUCGUCGCCCAUGUCGUCCACUAGCAGUUUUUGAUUUACUGCUACUUCAUCGCCGAUACCCUACUUUCUUUCUAUAUUAUACUGACGCUGGGUCGUUGGAUUAUUUGCACAAGCCGGUCUCAUUUUGUACUAUACACUACACCAUCUACCGGGAUUCAUAAUAGCUCUACCCUAGUAUUCUUCUAAUGCAAUACGUCU